GAAGACUGCUGUUUACUAAUUUUAUAUUGAUUCGCGCGUGCUGAGUUCAUCUCAAAUUUCAAAUUAAAAAAGUUUUCAAUCAAAAGAUUUAAAAGUUCUGAUUUUUAAUCACAAAACUGAAAGAAAUGCCCCAGAUAAUGUUCGAGGUGACCAGAAAUGGUCAGGUCACUCAGCUGCAAGAAUCGGUAGCCGGCAACGAUGUGGGCGACCUGAUCAAAGCACUCAAAACAAUGAAGGAAGCUUCCAACGAUGCCCUCACAAAACUACUUCAGGAGGAAACGGCCAAGAACGCCAGGAAAGCCGAUGAGAAAGAUAAUGAUACGGAUGACACAGAAGAAGAGGAACCGACCAAAGAAGAAUCCCGGAAGAAAUUGAAAAGCUAAUGCGUAAGAUGGGAACUGAUGCAGAUGACAUGCUUUGUAAUUAAGUGAUUAAAUAUUUUUGUUGAAAUAAAAUAAUUUGAAAUAAAUUUACUGAUUGGAUUUUGAAUUGUGCAACGGAAUGUACAGGGCGAACAUGCGCAAUAAUUUCUUCAAACCCUUGGAAACGUGUUGUUUGUGUUAUCGAGUUUCUUCAGUCGUAAUACAACUUUUUCGUUACAAUGUCCAAAAGUUUAGAAGUUAGUCAUAGAUCAUCGGAAUCUACUGAAAGCGAUGAGAGUAGCGAAUAUACAAUUGCUUCCACUAAUGACUCGUUUAGUCUGGCCAGCAGCAAACCAAAGCCAAAAUUCAACGAGAUCGAAAGUGCAAUGAUCAAUUCCGUACUGGAGGAAACCAUUUUCAAGCUGAUUAUCGUCAACAUGGAAGAAGACCAGGGCAGCACGCCCAUAGUGAAGAAACCGCCGAUGCACGUACGCUUUGAUCCAUCCUACAAGAGCAGAAUGGUCAACGAGAACCAGGCGGUCGAUGUCGCUAUGGGGAUGAUGAUUUUGGUGAAGCUGAAGAAUGACAUUUCCAACUUGAGGAAGCUACUGUCCGACACCCACGUGGAAAUGGCCGAGUAUGGAUCGUUCGAAACCUUGCAAACGUUCAUGGACAACGACAUCCAAAGCGAAAUGGAAGAACAUCAACUCAUUCGAGAUAGCAUUCUGAACGAGAAGAAACUGAGAGCGUUGCAGUCGCAGCUUGAUGGCGAAACGAGGGAACGAAAGUCGAUGCUCAAGCAACUGAACGAUGAAAUAUUUGAUUUGGAAACUAGAGCCCAGGAUACCAAGGUGGAAAACGACGUAAAGACCAGGCUUGUUCAAAAAUGGGAAAACACUAGACACGAGCAAGCUCGUAUAGUCAUUGAAGGAAAAGAAAGUACUUUGAUCAAAAGCUCUAAAGAGGCAAGGGACAAUAUUGACAGAGAGCUGCGUCUUCGAAGUGAAAUAGAUGUCUACAUAAACUACUGCAUCGAUCAGAUCAACGAUAAAAUUUCCUUCUGGAUGGACAAAUACCAGAGGGAGAUCAAGGCAUUCGAUGGGGACAUCACCCGCCACAAGGAGAACAUUGCCGAGCUGAAGGUGAAGUACGAGGAAAUGGUCAUUCUGUACAAGCAUCGCGAAAAGGAAAUAAAGAUAUGCGCCGAAUCGCGCAAGGAACGCGAGAAGCAGAAAGCGUUUGCCAACAAGCAGCACCGGUCGGCAAUCGUCAUACAAGCCUGGUGGCGGGGCACCAUGGUCCGUAAGGGGUUGGGACCGUUCAAGAAGAAGAAGAAAUCCAAACCGCCAAAAUCCUCGAAGAAGGGAGGGAAGAAAGGAAAAUAGGUCGUGGUCAGAUAAUUGAAUUACCACAAAACAAACGGCAAAAGAAGCGUGCUAACAAUA